AUGGCGCCCCGAUGUGAAGCGACAACACUUCUUAAGCAAGAGAUAACUCACCGCUGGCCUUGGGGCUACACUAUCUAUCGCACUGUCUACACCCCCGAGUCUGACCUUCACUGGGAGGCCGCCGCUGAUGCGAUUCGAGCAAACAUUUUUGCCACUCUAGACUGGCAGCUGAAGAACGGAAGGCGCCAGGACAGGCAUUCACAUCGGCUAGUCCGCGAGGGGUACCGCAGCCUUGUGUUCGAGGAUAAGGCUCGUUUUGAUGGGGCCACUAUUUCCCAAAUCCGGGAACAUUUCAAAGCCUUUGUCAACAACGAGCCCGCACCUCUAGGUAAUCGCUUUCGUUGGUGCUUGGUGAUUGAUCAGGUGGCUCUACAAUCCUUUAUUCGCCACCCCGAGCCUGCAGGAACCUACAUCCAGGAUGAGCCGGAUACGAAAGAGAAAAACGGCGCUUAG